AUGUCUGCAGAUUCGGAUGCUAGAUCAUUUCAUAGAAUUUUCGGACACCGCAACCAACUGCUGGUGAAUGAAUUCAUUCAGACUGUCGCAGAUAAAGUCGCAAAUAGCAACCCUGACCACGGCUUCAUGAACUUAUUCAGCAUCGGAGGUAUCGGGUAUCAGCAGGACGUCAAGAGUCAGGUGCAAGUUAUAUCUUUAGGCGAUGCUGCGUGGCAGGAUCCGCGCGUGGCUCCACUGGCACCGCCUGCUAACGGCUGGCAGUUCCAAGGCACCAUGCCUAGCAGAGAGCUGAACGGGCUUCACUUCGCCAUGAACAGCCGCUAA